GUUAAACUACUGCUAUAGCAAUAUAUCGUAGUAGUAAUUAACAGCUUAAUUUGUGUUAUUAGGAAGCAAUAACAAAGAAAGAAAAAAAUGGCUGCUUGUCGUUCAUCUUUUCUUUGCAUUGCUUUGACAACAAUAUUGAUAAUGAAUUUCUCUAGCUUGCCAUCUCAAGCUCAACUUUCUGGUGAAACCUUCUAUGCUUUGUCAUGUCCUACUGCCCUGACAAUUAUAAGCACAAAUGUUAAUCUAGCUGUCUUGACUGACCUCAGAAUGGCUGCUUCGCUCAUUCGCCUUCAUUUCCACGAUUGCUUUGUCCAGGGUUGUGAUGCCUCAGUUUUGCUGGACGACACGCCAACAAUGAUUGGCGAGAAAACUUCAAUCUUCAAUGUCAAUUCUCUCAGAGGAUUUGAUGUCAUUGACCGAAUCAAGUCUCAGCUGGAGAGUAUAUGUGCGGGAGUUGUUUCAUGUGCUGAUAUUGUUGCUGUAGCAGCUCGCGAUGCAUCUGUUUCUGUUGGUGGACCAACAUGGACAGUGAAUCUUGGAAGAAGGGACUCCCUAACAGCAAGCAAAACCCUAGCAGAUAGCAACCUUCCUCGCUUUACAGAUUCUCUUCAGCAACUCACUGACUCGUUCGCUAGCAAGGGUCUAACUCAAAGAGAUAUGGUUUCCCUUUCAGGAUCACAUACAGUUGGCCAAGCACAUUGUGCCACCUUUCGUGAUAGGGUUAACAGCAAUACGAGCGAUAUUGAUCCUACCUUUGCUAGCAAUCUAAGAGUAGGCCUUCCAUGCCCAGCUGAUGGCUCCGGGGACACAAACCUUGCACCACUUGAUUUAGUGACUCCCAAUACUUUCGAUAACAGCUUCUUCAGAAACCUUCGUGAUAGAAAGGGGCUUCUUCAAUCAGAUCAGAUACUUUUCAGUGGCGGAGCUACAGACAGCAUUGUUAAUGAGUACGUGAACAACGCUUUAACUUUCAGUUCUGAUUUUGCAGCGGCCAUGGUAAAGAUGGGACAAAUAAGUCCCUUAACUGGUGCUGCAGGGGAGAUACGAAGUUUCUGCAAUGUUGUUAACUGAUUCGCCACGGAAUUGUAUUCAAGUGUCACAAAUUAGGAGUUCCUGUGUCGUGCAAUAAAUAAAUAGAUCAAUAUCAUUGAAUAAAUAUAUCAUUGCAACUAUGACAUUAAUGAAUUAAUUACUGUAUGUCAUUGUUCAACUUGUCUUUUUUGGAAGUU